AUGGAAUUUCACCAGCAACGCCUAUAUACUCUGAAUAAACUGUAUUCUGAAAAUGCUCCUACUAUUGAUAGCAUGGAAGCUGCCUUAGUCAGAGAAAUUCCAUUGCUUAUCCAAGAGUUCGAAUUGUCUGCAAAAGCAGCCGCGAUGGUUGAGGACUAUGUAAAAGACAGAGCAACCCUGUUUCGUUUUUUGGCCAAAAAUAAGUUUUCUCUACCUCAUGCACUCUCAUUCCUACUGGACACCAUUCGAUGGCGUAUCAAAGAGAAUGUAGACUCGAUCGGCCUAGACUCCGUAAAGCUCUUUGUUAGUCAACCAUUUUGCUUCUUUCACAAAUACGACAAAACAGGUCGUCCAAUCCUUAUCAUUCAAAUCCGGCACUUGCCAGAAUCUUCCACUAAUAUAGCCGAGUUCUUGCGUCCAUUUGUUAUCUUUAUACUCGAGACAACCAGACGAAUGUUGUCCAAGAUUACCAGAGAUACAGGGGGAUUGGUUGAUAUUGCAGUUAUUGUAGACUUUAAAGACGCUCGUUCCUUACCAAUGGACCCCACACUUGUGAAAACUAUUCUCCAGAUAUUACGCCGAUAUCCUUCAAUGACUGGGUCUGUCAGUUUGCUUUGUUUUGGAUGGAUGUACACUGGCCUAUGGCAGAUGGUGAAAAUAAUGUUGUCCGACGAAGCCAGACACAGGGUAGGAUUUCCAAGCUCUAAAGAGCUUCUUGACCUCGUUGACCCUGCAUCUCUCUGUAAAGAUCAGGGAGGUACCGAUGAUUAUGAAUGGAACAUAAAGUCUGACAAGGUCUUCAGGGACUUUUUCCCGUAUGUCCCACCAUCUCCACCACUAUCACCGCUAUCACCCAGUCAACCAAACAGUCGCUGUAGCUCAACAACCUCUCUACGUUCGGUAUACUAUGAUGCCACUGAGCAUGUCGUACCACACAAGCUACAGUUUACACCAAUGUCUCCUAAACUACCACAAAGAAGAUCCUCUUUUACGGCUACAGUGUAUAGUACGCCAGUAGGCUCACUCACACCAAUUGUCGGCCCCAUCUUAUCAAAGUCGCCGGCAAUUUCUCCCCACGCAGACUUUUCAUCUUCACUUAACCACAAGUUAUCCUUAUUACAAUAUACACGCCAGCCGCAACCUAGUCCACAGCCUAGAAGGAGGCGACCUCUGUCAAUCAACCAGAGAACAUGGACAACAUUUAUCUUUAGAUUAUUAUUUGGAUCCCUACAAAGGACCCAGGCCGGUAUUAGGAUGGUAAUAACCCAGGCGGUGCGCAAGUCUCAAAAAUACCAGAAUAUGUUCUAUUGGAUUGCAGCAUGUCUGUUGUUGAGGAACAGUAUACAUGAUUUUCUUCAGAGCCUGUUUGUAUUGUUAUUGGAGACCAUGGCAGCCAAGAGUGGAAGAGGGUCAGCAAUUGGAUUAAGAAAUCUACUGAGUCUUGCGGGUGGUCAUGCCGGUCAAAUGACACUUUAAGUCCCUUUUAGAGACUCCUUUAUGCCUUCACCCCCCCCCCCCCUUUUUUUUUUUAUUAUUAUUUCUUUCUUUUCUUUUCUUUAUAUACCCUCAUUACGUAUCCAUAGAAACAUAUUUAUGGCACCAUGGCAACACAUAUAAUUUUUUCUUUGGUUGCCGUUGUUGUUAUUGUUGUUGCUGUUGUAGAUGCUGCUUUUACUGCUGGUAAUGUUUCUAUGGUUAUUGUUGUGGUUAUUGCUUUUAAAUGUUACAUACAUAAAACUAUACGCAUACGCAUACAC